CUAUUGUUUACUCUGACGUCAUCCACAUGCGCCGCGCACACGCUCUCAAUUUGGGAGCGACAACUUCGUCUGAGGCGUGUUUUCUCUCUUCGUACCUGUAUAUGUUCUUUUAAAUGGGUAAAUUAGUGAAUUUUAGAACAACGCCAUGUUUAUAAAACAGGUGAUGCAUCUUACGUCUGUGGGUACAGAGGAGAGCUGUGGACUGAAAUGGCACAUACUGAUUCAGAUGUGUGUGAAAUGCAGCUGGACGGAGUCUCAGAGGUGAUGGAUCUGCUCCAGAUCGACCUGGAGACUGAUGUGGUAGAAGGCAGGCCGGGGGGAGAAGAUCCAACAUGUUCAAAGAAUGUGUUGAGGAAGCAGCGCAACUGGGAGAGGCAGCUGGCGGCGAAGAAGAGCAAGAGGAAAGAAGAGAAGCAAAGGAGGAGGCUCAACCGUGAGAAGGACUCAGGUGCUACUGGAGAUGCUCCUCAGUUGUCCAAGCGGGUAUUGAAAGCGAUCACCAAGGAGCGUUUGGCCGAGGCUCAGUCCACGGGGCUCAAGCUCUGCGUUGACCUGAGUAUGACAGACAGCAUGUCAGACAAAGAGGUAAGUCGACUGGCGGGUCAGUUGAGACGGCUGUACGGGUCGAACAAGAAAGCAUCACAACCGUUUCAUGUUUUCCUGACAGACCUGAAGGAGGACAGUCGCCUCUACAGAGAGUGCCUUCGAAUGAACGAAGGCUUCCUCAACUACAUGAUGGACAUAACAGAAGAAAGCUGCCUGGACCUUUUUCCUCCAGAAAGUGUCGUCUACCUCACACCAGAUGCUGAAGAAGCUUUAGAAAUGGUGGAUGCUGACAAGGUGUAUGUCCUCGGUGGCCUCGUGGAUGAGAGCAUCCAGAAGAAGUUGAGCUACUCCAGGGCGCGUGAACUGGGCAUCCGCACGGCGAGGCUGCCCAUAGACGAGUACAUGGCGAAGAAGCACAACCCCAAGAACUUCCAUUCAAAGAUCCUGGCUAUUAAUCAAGGCGAGUCAGUGCUUUUAAUCUGCAAGUCUAUCAGCGCUGCAGAGCCAAGGAUAGUAAUUGUUCGACAUCUUGUUGACAUUCUGCAACAGCAGCAGCUGGAGAGAAGCCCUGCAGGCGUGGUUCCCCCCGGGGAAGGGUUUCGUUGUAGCACCAGAUGAUUCCCAGCGUCUGCCCAUCUCUCCAGCACAGACGUAACUGGACGGAUUUGACUUUAAUCCAUGCCUUACAUAGAACCCUGUGUGGGUCAUCGCCGUCCACGUGAAAGGAAACGUUCACCCAAAAAAUGAAAAUACAGACGCUGUCCAGCCGCCCUCGCGCUGAUGGAAAGUCGGAAGAAGUUUAUCCAAGACGCAGUGUGUGUCGUAGGGCGGACUUUGUUUGUAGCGCUGUACUUGAACUGUUGUAUGUUUCCUUUUUUUUCUAUGUAGGCUUUUAAUAAUUUGUUUUCUUAUUUGAUUUUUAAAUGAACAUCUGCAUAUUCUUGUCAGCAGAUCAAGCAAUUCAAAUAUAUGUGAACAUUGGAAUAAAAUCAAUUAAAUAGCUGCAGGUCAGACAAAUAAAAGGGUUUUAAACAAAUAAAUUACA